GUUGCCGUGAACCUUAUUUUCGAUUAUUUCCAAAGUAUCUGUGGAGGAUCUCUUAUUACCCAAAGAUACGUGUUAACAGCUGCGCAUUGUUUGUACGAAGGAGUCAUAUCGUUGGAAGUAUUACUGGGGAAGCAUAACAUUCGACAAAAUGAAACUACCCAACAACGCAUUCCAACCUCCAAUUUCACAAUGCAUGAAGAGUUUAACAAUGAUACAUUAGAGAACGAUUUAGCCAUGGUUUAUCUUCCAACACCAGCUAUUCUCAAUCAGUACGUUCGCCCGAUUGCACUGCCCAGUAGAGCUGACGCUUCGAAUAGUUUUGUGGGAUACGAAGCUAUAGCAAGUGGUUGGGGAUACGAUUCUGAUAAUGCUACCGCUGUCAGUAACGUGUUGCGAUAUGUGAAUGUUUCUAUUAUAGCAAACGAUGUUUGUAAUAUUACGUUCGCUGAGUACAUCACAGACUCAGUUAUUUGUUCAGGAGGAACGGGUAAGAAAGGACUUUGCUAUGGAGAUUCAGGCGGACCUCUUGUCGUCAAUGGAAAAUUGGUAGGUGUAUCUUCAUUUAUAGGUUAUAAUACCUGUGAAGCUGGCGAUCCAAGCGUCUUUACAAGGGUAACAUCAUUUUUAGACUGGAUUGCAGCACACAGUGAUGCUGUUAUUUCAUAAACAUUCCCUAAAUGAUUGAUUUGUGCACUGAAGCAAAUAUUACAAAUAAACAUUAAAGAAUUGAAUUAUUGAA